AUGACACAAGGUCUUGUGGGGAAUAGAGUGUUUUGCACCUCUGCCGCUGGUGCGGUGGGCGGAGGCGGUUUGGGUGGUGUGCAUGGUGUGGGUGGUGUGGUUGGUGUGGGUGGUGUGGACGGCGUGCAUGGUGUGCGUGGCAGUGGCAGGCACGGCAGGGACGCGGAGAUCCAUGCGGUGAAGGAGCAAGUGUUUGGCAUCCAGGGGCCAUUCAACCCGCACCAACUCGAGAUCAUCCGAGCGCUACUAGCGCGGCCGCCCAGCAACGUGCUGGCGGUGCUGCCAGCGGGGAGUGGCAAGAGCCUGUGCUUCCAGCUCGCCGCCGUGCUGCUGGGCGGCGUCACCCUCGUCGUCUGCCCCUUCCGCGCUCUCAUCCGCAACCAGCCCACGCCACAACACAGCACUCACUCUCCCUUCCCCCCCUACUCCCCCGGUGCGGGCCCCAACCACGCACCCACCACCAACCCGUCUGCUACCCCAAACGUGCAGGUGCAGGCGCUGCGGCAGCUGCCGAUCUGUGUGGGCAUGGUGCUGGGCCACCCGUCCUUGGAGGACCGCCGCCACCGCCAAGCCGUCUUCGCCGCCCUCCGAGGCGACGCCAACGCCCCGCUCUCCCUGCCUCGCCACUCCCUCUCCGCUCCCAACAACCCCAACACCUGCACUAACAACGCCGCAGCGCAUCACCUGUGUGUGUACGUGACACCAGAGGCGCUGGAGAAGUGCCGUGAGCUUACUGCGGCGCUGCAGCUGUGCUUCCAGCGCCGCGCACUGCGCCUCAUCGUCGUCGAUGAGGCGCAUCACUGCAACGGCAGCGACCCCUUCCGCCCGUUCCUCAAGAUAGUGGGCGAGCACCUGCGCGGCUGCUUCCCGGGCGUGCCUGUCUUCGCCAUCACUGCGACAGCGAACGAGGCAGCGCAGCAGGAGCUGAGGGCGAGGCUGGGACUGCAGAUGAGCAACACACAGACCUUCGUCUCCUCCAUCCGCCUGCCCCACAUGCACUACGAGGUGCGGGUGAAGCGCAAGAGUGUGGUGGCGGACAUGGUGGCGUUCAUCCAGAGCACGUACCCUGGGCACACGGGCCUCGUGUACUGCUGGCGCCGUGAGGACACCGAGGAGGUGGCAAGGCAGCUGCGGCAGGCAGGGGUGUCAGCACUGGCGUACAGUGCCAAGCUGGGCGUGGCUGACAGGGACGAGCACCAGGACAGGUGGCGAAAGAAGGAAAUUCAAGUCCUCGCAGCAACGAACGCUUUUGGAGCCGGCAUCCACCAGUCCGAUGUGCGGUUUGUGAUCCACUACAGCAUGCCCAAGUCCAUGGAGAGCCUCUACCAGGAGAGUGCGAGGGCGGGCAGGGACAAGCUGCCAUGCCACUCCAUCGUCUACUUCUCCCCGGCUGACCUCGGAUACAUGAAGCGUGCUUGUGGGCCGGGGAAGAUUCGCGAGUUUCACACCUGCAACCAAGUGGCUGCCUACUGCAUGAAUCGCAGUGUGUGUCGGCACAAGCUGCUGCUGCGCCACUUUGACCUUGACUCCCCGGAUGAGCAACCCUGUGGGGGCUUCUGUGACAAUUGCUGCAACUCGAGGGGCUUUGAAGAAAAGGACGUUACUCCGUACGCCAUGCUACUGGCGCGCAUCCUGGCGGACUCACCCACGCCCCUCACCGCCCAUCAGCUCGCCAAUGAGUUCUUCCGCUCCGGCGCUGCCGCGGCCGCGCCUGCAGGCAGCAGUGCUGUCGGGGAAACCCUCUCGCCUGACGCUGUUCUUGCAACCCCUCCAUCUUCCGCCGCUGCUGAUUCCUUCUCCCAUGCUUCCACUGCCUCCACCGCCCUCAGUGAAACCGCACAACCCCUCCCACACACCCCUCUCCCUACACCUGUUACUCUCUCUUCUCCCACUGUUGCCGCCCCUGCCACUCCAGCCGCCCCUGCCACUCCUGCUCCUGCCACUCCUGCUCCUGCCACUCCUGCUCCUGCCACUCCUGCUCCUGCCACUCCUGCUCCUGCCACUCCUGCUCCUGCCACUCCUGCCACAGCCACUGUUGCCCCCCAAGCACCCGCACCCGCACCCGCACCCGCACCAGCUGUGGCAGUGAAGCCGCUGUCCCGUGCGGCGGUGCAGCAUCUCAUUCUGCUGCUCGUGUGCCAGGGCUACAUGUUGGAGGCGGUGCAGGGAGUGGGGGAGAGCAAGGUGGUGCGCCUUGUGCCCACAGACAGGACCGAGGACAUGGUGGCAG